AUGGGGCGACCCGACGGAGGACACCCGUUACAGCUAUUCUUGGCGGUUUCGGAGGACACGGUCAGCUCGGCAUUGGUGCAGGAGCAACCUGAAUUUAAACUUGUGUACUUUGUCAGUCGAACAUUGCAGCCGACAGAGACUAGGUACAAAAGGGUGGAAAAGAUUGCUUUGGCUUUGGUGGUUGCAGCAAGACGUUUGAGGCCGUACUUUCAGAGCCACCAGGUGAUAGUACGAACGGAUCACCCGAUCGCAAAAAUCUUGCACAAGCCUGACUUGGCGGGGAGAAUAGUAGGGUGGUCUGUGGAGUUGUCAGAGUUCAGACUGCAAUUUGAGCCGAGGGGAUCAGUCCGAGGGCAGCACCUGGCUGAUUUUGCGGUUGAAUUACAAGAGGAAAAAGGACCUUAUGAAUGGGUCCUUUAUGUGGAUGGCUCUUCGGAGAAAUCCGGAGGAGGAGCAGGUGUUGUUUUGGAGGGACCGAACGGCUUUAUUGUCGAACAGGCAAUUGUCUUUCGGUUCAAAAUAAGAAAUAAUCAAGCCGAGUACGAAGCAGUAUUAGCCGGGCUAGAAUUGGCCAAAGAGUUGGGAGCGGUCUUGGUCAAAUGCCGAACGGAUUCCCAACUGGUGGUAGGACAAUUGACCGAGAGUUUCCAGACCAAAGACGAUCAGUUGCUUCGAUAUUUUCACAAAGUAAAGGAGUUGGUGAAGCAGUUCCGGGUGGUGGAGUUCAAACAUGUGCCUAGGGAGCAAAAUGCGAGGGCGGACAUCUUGUCCAAGCUCGCCAACAGCAAAGGAAAAGAUCACUUGUCUUCGGUCAUAAGGCAAGUUAUGAUGAACCCAUCGGUGGAGAGCUGUGCCGUUCAUGAGAUACCCGCUCAACCGGACUGGAGGAAAGAAAUAAGUGAGAUUAUUCAGAGGCAGGAGAGUAGACUGCACGUUCAGGCACAGGAAGCAAAGAAAGCCGCUUGCUAUCUGAUGAUAGGAGAAGACCUUUAUAAAAGGGGAUUCUCUUGCCCCUUGUUGAAAUGCGUAACCUCGGAGGAGGCCGAAUAUGUGAUGAGGGAGUUGCAUGAUGGAGCAUGUGGCAUGCAUAUAGGCUAA